GUAGUCACCAUGGUGACGGGGUUGUGUCCGGGGAGGCUGUGAUGGGUUGACAGGUGCGUGACAAUCGGAGCUCUCUGCAAGCAUGUACGCCAAAGGCAAGAGUAACAACGUACCGUCCGACAGCCAAGCGAGGGAAAAGCUAGCGCUCUACGUGUACGAGUACUUGUUACAUGUAGGAGCCCAGAAGUCGGCACAGACCUUCCUGUCAGAGAUAAGAUGGGAGAAGAACAUAACGUUAGGAGAACCUCCAGGAUUCUUACAUUCAUGGUGGUGUGUAUUCUGGGAUUUAUAUUGUGCGGCACCUGAAAGGAGAGAAACCUGUGAGCAUUCCAGUGAAGCCAAGGCGUUCCACGACUACAGUGCAGCGGCAGCUCCGAGUCCUGUCCUUGGAAAUAUGCCCCCAGGAGAGGGUAUGCCGGUCGGCCCCGUUCCUCCGGGCUUCUUUCAGCCUUUCAUGUCAUCCCGUUAUCCUGGCGGCCCCAGACCUCCUCUCAGAAUACCCAACCAGGCGUUAGGUGGAGUCCCUGGAAACCAGCCGUUAUUACCCAGUGGUAUGGACCCAUCAAGACAACAAGGUCAUCCAAAUAUGGGCGGGGCUAUGCAGAGAAUGACUCCGCCCAGAGGGAUGGUACCCCUUGGGCCACAGGCAUAUGGAGGAGGCAUGAGACCACCACUCAAUGCUCUUGGGGGUCCUGGGAUGCCUGGGAUGAAUAUGGGUCCCGGAGGAAGACCGUGGCCAAAUCCACCAAAUUCCAACUCGAUCCCGUACUCCUCAGCAUCUCCAGGGGGUUAUGUGUUUGGCUCUUCCUCUACAGACUCGACAAACUCUGGAGAAAAUAUGUACACCAUGAUCAACACAGUGCCGCCCGGAGGAAACAGGCAAAAUUUCCCUAUUGGUCCGGGUGGAGAUGGUCCGAUGGGCGGCAUGGCAGGAAUGGAGCCUCAUCACAUGAAUGGAUCAUUAGGGUCAGCUGACAUGGACAGUAUGCCCAAGAACUCUCCUGGUAACCUAAGCAUGAGCAACCAGCCUGGAACUCCUAGAGAUGACGGAGAAAUGGGCGGAAAUUUCCUCAACCCUUUCCAGAAUGAGAGUUAUUCUCCAAACAUGACCAUGAGUGUGUGAAGACCUCAUUUGGAAAUCCUGGUGGAUUCCACCACAUGACAUGGAACUUGUGCAAGCGUGCUGUAGCCAGCCCUCUUCUGCUCUCUGAAGAAUAUGGGUCCAAGCCUCUCCUUUCUCUCUCCUUCCUUCGUUUCCUUUUUUCUUCAAAUGUCAUUCUUUCACCUCCUCGGCCGCGUCACAUCGAGAGACAAAGCUGAACCACAUUGGGCUGAGAAUGACGAAUCAACAGCCUGUCUAUAGUUACGUAUAUCUUCGUGUAUAUAUGUGGGUGUACAUUCAAAGUUACAUGUGCAUGUGUGUAUGAAAGGACAUAUAUUGAUCCUAGAAAGAGAGACGAUGGACUCUUAACUGUUUUUAACGAAAACAAAAUCAUAUUUUCUUGAAAUAAGAUGUAAAUUGACAGAUCUAUGUAAACGGAUUUAUCGCAGGAAACACUUAUUGAGAUGCGGUGGGGGUCGAGUUCGUAAAAUGGCAGAAUCGCAAUGCUAAAAAUCUAUUUCCCAGCGAGGACGCACUGUAAUUGAUUCAUAAUCGUCUUUGUGUCAUCGAUGAGAGAGUUUGAUUCGUAUUUUAUUGAAACAGGUUGAGUUGUCGUUAACGGAAAUGUGUCCGUAAUUCCAACUGACGCCUGUAAUUGAUCAUUUCCUACUGCAUUCGGCCUUCUCACAUCUGUGCUCCUCAAAUGCAGUCCAAUCUGAUCAACACCCUGGAGGUUUUGUUUGUAUAUACAGGAGAUUUAUUUUUCAGGACGAUGCCUACGAAGAACAGCCAUUCCAUACGUACACUUAAAACAAAUCUUAACUGGGAGACGCGAGAGGAACGUCCUCCGAAACUGAACUUGAGAUCGUCGCACUAGCUUCAGUUACCGAAGAAUAUUUCUGUCAUGUUUUGAAAAUACUCCUAAUCAUGUGACGUACACAGAUACAACGUUUACUGCUCUUAUAUUACGACGUUUUCUUUGUGAAAAUCUUUGCAUGUGAAUACAGGAAGUAAGGACGAUUUUUUGAAAAAGGAAACUGGUCCAUUCAGAGGAAGGGCACAUGGAUGGGAAUUAUAAUUCCGUACAUCUGUCAUUCUAAUAAUCAACUUAUUUAUACAGCCGUUGUUGUGUCACCCGGAGAAACUGUGAUUUGCUUUGAUUUUUUUUUUUCAAGUGUAAUUAUUAUUAUUAUUAUU